AUGAACACCACAUUUGUUCUGGAUUGCGUUUUGUUCGAUGUAAAGUACCAAAUUCUGGCUAAAGUGCCGUCCCAAGAUGUUUUUAACAAGUUGAUCGCAGCCAGCACGUUUGUGACGAUUUUAAUUAUACCAACGAUUUUACUCAAUGGAGUAGCUGUUGUCACAAUAAUGAAAUGUCCUCAACUGAAAGAAAAGAACGCUUACUUCCUUAUAAUGGUUCAGUCACUUGCUGAUUUAGCAACAGGAUUUGUAACAUUACCAUUUUUUAGCUAUGUUUGUAUCACUCAGGCGUUAGGUACCGCAGAUUGUUUCAGACAGCGGUUGAUAAUGAGUAUGACGAGCAUCCCAUUUUCAAUAUCUCUAACAACCUUGGCAGUCAUGACAAUUGAUAGAUAUAUGAGCGUUCUACAUCCUCUUAAACAUCGAGUCAUGGUGACAAAAAGGAAGCUUAAGACAUUUUUAGUUUCUGCAUCUUUGUUCAUAACUGUGUUCGUUGUUUUGUCUCUUUUGAACACCCAGUUACUUGAGGGUUUUCAUAGUAUUUAUAUCUUUCUGUUUCUACUGCUUGCUAUAUUUGUGUACACUAAAAUUUUUAUAGCCAUUAGAACGAGAAAAUCGCCAGGGAAUGUCCAAGAUACUGCGGCGAAGAACCAAAAUGAACGCAAAUUUGCAAAGGAGAUCAAACUUGUAAAAUCCUGUUUUCUCGCUGUGGCAUGCUUUCUUCUUUGUUUUUUGGCUGGUACUCUUGUUUUGUUAUUUCAACGUCAAGUUGACAGAGCCGAAUUCAUCGCAUUAAAGAUCUUUAGUGGAUCACUUAUCCUGCUAAGUUCCAGUUUAAAUUCCGUAGUAUUUUUCUGGACGAGGCCAUUAUUGCGAAAUGAGGCAUUCAAAGUUGUAAAAAAGAUGUGUACAUCUAGGACCUGA